GGUAGUUUCAUUGUUAUUGUUUAGAGGAAGUAAAGCAGCCGAGAUGGUGAGUGAGGAGCUGGUGGCUCGUCUGAACGACGGUGGCUACAAAAACUGGCUGAAAGCUGGAAGAUGUCUGCUCAUCCUGAAGGGAGGUCUUCAUCCUGUCACCAGCAAACACAUGAGAGCUUUCCACAGAGAUCUGCUCCUCCACAACCCUGUGCUGCAGACACAGUGUCACACUGCUGCAUGUAGACCCAGAGGGAAUAAGUUUUCCAUGGCAUGCAGGGUGUGCACUGAGUGGCAGACAGUCAUCCUGAGACACCACAGACAUCCAGGGGCUUCUGUCAACUGGGACAACUGUGUCCCUCCACAGUGGAGGACAGACUACUGGGAAGUGGCCAAGGCCUACAUGCCUCGAGGUCAGGGGAAAGUGAAGGGAGCGGAUCAGUGCGAUGCUUCUGCUCUGCUCAAUCUCAUCAAUUUCUGCGACUGUUUCCAUUCUGUGGAUACAAAAUAUGUGAGAGAGGUGAUCCGGUACAGGAAUGAGUUAAUGCAUUCAUGUGAGCUGCAUGUGAAGGAUGAAUGGAUGAAACAUUACCGGAUGACUCUGAAACGCUUCAUACAGCAAUUCAGCCACGUGCCACAGAUGGAAAGAGUUGGACGAGACAUAGAUGAGAUGCUGACAGUUGAUUUGUCAGUGUGCGUCUCCGGCUUGGACAAAGUGGACUCAAUACAGUUUGAUGCUGUCCACGAAGGGGCGAGCAGCACUGACUUAAUCGGCCAAUGGGAAGCUGAGUUGCUACGAGAAAAGCUGCAGGAGUUGCUGCAUGAUGACGACGAUGACGAUGAGAAUAUGAAGGCAAGGGACUCUGAGCCGCUGAAGAGGCUGAGUGGUUUCUUGCAGGCCAACAGAGACUUGGGUGCAAGGUUUUCUGCAGAGCUUCAGACCAUCAACUCCCUGCAGGACAGAAAAUAACAAAGACGAGGUGAACGGAGGACAAGGAGAGUAUUGAACACUGUAGUUUGCCUACAUGGAAAUGAGCAGCAGCAGCAGCAGCAGCAGCAGCAGCAGCUCUGUUUGUUGAAGCUGUGGCACCAGACACACCUGAAGUUCGGUAAUCAGGUGGACAAACUGAAGACUGACAGAAACAUGGGGAACAUCACACGACAAGGAUCUGGAUUAUAUCUGUUGUAUUAUUAUCAUUAUUAUUAUUGUUAUCAUUUUUAAAAUCAAUCCAUAGUUGAGUCAUCUCAUGCAUUGACCCGAAUCAACAUCAUCUUAUAUGUGGGUGCACACUUUGAACUGUUCAGCCUUGUUUUUCAACAUCAUCUUAUCCUAUCACUCACUCUUUGAAUGCACCUUCGAGGGCCCUGUCAUCCACUAACACUCGCAGCUCUUGUUUCCAAUUUAAUUUCGCUUUAGGUUGUUUUUUUGUUUUUUUUUUGAGUCACCCUGCCAGACUCAAACACAGAGUUUCUCAGAGAUCCUUCCUCCCAGCUGCUGAACCCUGAACAACAGUUACCUCACGUUGCACAUUUAAAUCCGAGCUUGUCAUUGUAAUUUCAGCUGAAUUUUCAGAGAGAUUUCAACACACUCUGAGUAAAAUGCUGUGCAAAGCACAGUUAACUGUGUGCUGUAGCUUUAAGGUUAAUCCUGAUUGCAUUCUUUCAUUAUAUUGUGAUCGAGUUCUCUUUUAACGACUGGUCUGAUGCUCAUUUUCACAAUUUCAUAAACAUUUUAUACGUACAGUUUAUGAGA